AUGCCAAGAAGACGCAAAGUAUCCAGAAAUAAAUCAGCUGUUAAUUCAAGGCUGAGUAGUGAAGAGCCUACUAGAAUGUCGGAGAAUAGGCGAGAGUCAGUGGAAGCUGAUGAACCACCUGUACCUAAUCAUGUGGAUAAAAAUUCAUCCACAAGCAAUGGAAAGACAGAUGUGCAUGAAUUAGAUUACGAAGAAAAUGAAUUAGAGCAAUUGAUUAUCACCAGAUUAUUUAAUGACAUCCGAUUCUCAGACGAUGUUGUUUCCGUGUUGCCGGAUCGCUCUUGGGCUAUUCACUGUACUGAGGAACCAGUUAAAAGAAUUGUUGUCAGUGAAAUUUCAAUGGUUAAUUUUCAUGGUAGAGGCUUUGAGCCUUUUUAUGUCAAGCAGGUAAAUAAUAAUCUAUACAAACCAGCAUAUAUAAAAAGCAUCACCGACUUCGAGUCACUCUUAGACUACGUAAGCGGUGUGAAACUCUGCGCCGGGGGCCCAGAGUUCACCAAGUACAGCAACGUGAGUCCCGAAUGCGCUUACAAGGACCCUUACAGCAAGUGGAGGCACAAUUUGUGCACCUUGGAAGUCCACGACGCGGACGUCUGCGAAGCCUGCGAGUCUUUAGACGAAAUUCUGAAGCGCCACUCGCAGAGAACUAAGUCGCCUCUCAAGUCCCGCAAUAACGUGGUUGCGACUAAGAGGAAAAAAUUCUAA